AUGGAUAAGCGUCUAUUAGUCCGUUUUAAGUGGCAUUGGAAACCCCGUGCCUCCCUCUUCCCUUCGCUGUCCACGCGCAAGAUGCCUGGUGUCACAGUGAAAGACGUCAACCAGCAGGAGUUCGUCCGUGCCCUGGCGGCCUUCCUGAAAAAGUCAGGAAAGCUGAAGGUACCUGACUGGGUGGACCUGGUCAAGCUGGGCAGGCACAAGGAGCUGGCCCCCAGUGACGAGAACUGGUUCUACAUCAGAGCUGCGUCCACAGUGCGUCACCUCUACCUGCGUGGAGGAGCAGGUGUUGGCUCCAUGACAAAGAUCUACGGAGGUCGCCAAAGGAACGGCGUGUGUCCUGCUCAUUACAGCGUAGGCUCAAAGAACGUCGCCCGCAAAGUGCUGCAGGCUCUGGAGCUGCUCAAGAUGAUCGAGAAGGAUCCCAAUGGUGGUCGCAGACUCACCGCCCAGGGAACCAGAGAUCUGGACCGAAUUGCUGGCCAGGUGUCUGCUGCAAACAAGAAAGUUGUUGUUCAAUAA